AUGCCCACAUCAACGCAUUGGGAUGUCUUCUAUGGGGGGGACAUCCAAACGACACCACAAAUGGCAUUUGGAAUCACACCACGUUUAACAAGAGCAACAGGUCUUAUCAGCUCUGCUGCAAGACACUUAAGCACUUCUGCUGUAGCUCUCCAGCAAGAUUUCACCCAUUUCGGAUACAAGACCAUUCCGAAGGACGAGAAGGAAAACCUUGUUAAAGGCGUCUUCUCAUCUGUUGCCUCCAAUUACGACGUUAUGAAUGAUGUUAUGUCUAUGGGUAUCCACAGAUUAUGGAAGAAACACCUAAUUGAGAAGUUGGAUUGUGGUAUGAGACCAAAUUCAAACGAACCUCUAGACUUCUUGGAUGUUGCAGGUGGUACUGGUGAUAUUGCCUUUGGUUUGUUAGACCACGCAAGAUUGAAGUACGGCGACAAUAAGUCCACCAUGACUGUUGCCGAUAUCAAUCCAGAUAUGUUGAGGGAAGGUGAAAAGAGAUGUUUAUCGACUCCUUACGCCAAUUCCCCAAGAAUCCAAUUUCUUGAACAGAAUGGUGAGAAAAUGGAUGCAAUUCCUGACAACUCUAAAGACGUGUACACUAUUGCCUUUGGUAUUCGGAAUUUUACAAACAUUCAGGCAGGUUUGAAUACCGCUUACAGAGUCUUGAAGCCGGGAGGAAUCUUUGCUUGCCUAGAAUUCUCCCAAGUCAAUGAUCCUGCUCUCGACUACCUCUAUCAGGCAUACUCUUUCUCCCUCUUGCCAUUGAUGGGACAAUUGAUUGCCAACGAUAGAGACUCUUACCAGUACCUUGUCGAAAGUAUCAGAAAGUUCCCAAACCAGGAAACCUUUGCAAACAUGAUCAGAGAAGCAGGUUUCUACGUCCCUGGUAAGGGAUACGAAAACCUCACCUUUGGUGUUGCGGCCAUCCACAUUGGUGUUAAGUUAUAA